AUGUCAAAUACAGAAAGUGGGAGCAUAGGUCAAUAUCCAACACCUGGUGGUAAUUCUAAUAAUGGAAAUGUCAAUGGAACUUUAAUGUCUUCAGGCUCUGCACCGACAUCCAUGAAUGUAGGUGCCACAUCUUCAAUUAAUAGCUCAUUAACAUCUGCAUCAAGUGUCUUGAAAUUAUCUAAUUUACCGGCAGACUUGUCGAAAAGAGAGGCAUCGCUAAUUUUUUCGUUAGUAGUUGAUGAAAUAAUUAAUAUUGAAAUUGUGGAUUACCAAAUUUUAGCUUUUUUCAAGAACAUAAAUACUUGCUUGGCAACUGGAAAGUUGUUGGAUGGUAAGUUUAUUUUUGGUAGUGAAUACGGGCCAGUUAGAGUUGAAUAUGAUAACUCGCCUAUCAACUCGCCUAAUAAUAUUUCUCAAUCUACGACCAGUGCAUUUAAUAACUUACGGUUGUCGAAUACGAAAAUCAGUCCUCCUAAUUUGAAUCCUCAACUGAAUCAAUCAUCUAGCUCUGUUGGAGCGUCUGGAAAUCAGAAUAACCCUGCAAAUGCGUCUAGCGGUGGGGUGGGAAGCGCUGCAUUUGAUAACUUCCAGAAGAGACAGUCGCUUGGAAAUCAACGAUCAAGAUUUGUUUUUAGCGAUCCAUUCGGAGGGCCAACUGGUAGUGGUCGCAACAGCGGAAACACUCCUACGUCUGGAACCAUUGAUUUGACUGACAUCACGGGUAAAUCAUUACUCUUGAUGGAAUCACAAAACGAUGCCAGAGAAUAUGAGAACUUAGUAAGGGACCCAUGGGGCUCUAGUAAUAAUUCAUUACCGAUCAGCUCAGCUCCGCAAACCCCAGGUGUUAACAGCUCUAAUCACACCCCAUUUGAUUGGACAAAUAACCCAUCCGGUUCCUCAACUGAUCGUAGAAGAACUUCAUCGUCAUUUUUCAAUAAUUCAGUGCAACCGCUUUCGACCCAACCGUCGUCUAAUCUUUUGGGUUCUCAUCAGACACCCUCGCAGACAAGUACUCAAUCAACUACGAAUGGUUCGUCACAUUUACCACUGCUUGGUAUGCCAUCUCAUAAUCCUGUGAAUAUGACAGCAUCAUCAUCGACAUCUCAGCCUAAUUCAAGCAGUGGUCCUCAUGUUCUGGGACUCAGCCAACAGCAGACUAACAAUAACAUCGCAUCUUCCGUAACAAAUGCACCUAAUUCAGAGCAGCAAAGCUCUCAAACGCAGUCUGCUCCGCCCACAUCAGCAUCUUCUUCAAAUUCCAAUAAUCAAGGUACUGCUGGAAGGCAAACCCUGCAAUCUAAGGAUGUACCUGAUUUAUCACUCUUAGCAAGGGUUCCCCCUCCUGCUAACCCAGCUGAUCAGAAUCCUCCUUGCAAUACAUUAUACGUUGGCAACUUACCUCCGGAUGCUACUGAAGCUGAACUUCGCUCAUUAUUUGCCCCUCAAAAAGGUUUCAGAAGAUUAUCUUUCAGAACUAAAAAUCAAUCUCUGAAUAAUCCUAAUAACACAGGAGGUCAUAACCAUGGGCCAAUGUGUUUUGUUGAGUUUGAAGAUGUUGCUCAUGCAACAAGAGCUUUAGCUGAAUUGUACGGCAGAGCUUUGCCAAGACCAAACGGAAGCAGUGGCAAAGGAGGUAUUCGCUUAUCAUUUUCGAAGAACCCAUUGGGUGUAAGAGGUCCAGGUAAUCCGAGAAGGUCUUCUGCUAAUCAGGUAAGUGGCUCAAAUUCUACCAACGGGAACAGUAACGCUGUUAGUAACUAUGGUUACUUGAAUUACCAACAAAAAUGA